AUGCCUAAGCCAUUGUCAACCUUGUCGCCUGCCAAACAGAAUUCGCGAUCUUCUCCUGUCAAGCUCCAGUUCCCUCACAAACAAGAAUUCGAUCUGUCCACCGAGUGCCUGAAAUCCCCUCCUGCUAUGUCCACCAUUGCGGUUGCGCAAACAACAACCUCGAUAGAAACAAUAAAUAUACAUCAGUCGAAUAUGACCAUGGACCACCCAACCUCUCCCUCCCCUUCUCCUAGCCUAUCCGCAAGCCCACGAAAAGGGUUCUCGCCUAUAAAAUAUCGCCUACAAGAUGAUGCUAAGGUGACGGACUCGCCUCCUAGCUCACCUACUGAACCUACAUUACGGUUCAAUGAAGGCCUGACUCAAGCAAUUGAGAACAUGCAAAAAGCUACCCACACCGACUCUUUGGACGAUUCGAUUCUCCACCACAGUCCGAGCAGCAGCAUUUCCCCUUCGCCAGAGCGUGAUCAUACAGUCAACCAUGUCGGCAGAGAUGAAGUUGACGAUCUCACGUUGACCCUCAGUCUAGACGACAAAACUAUUCAUGACGAAACUGUAGGUGAUCUUAGCACAAUCUCGGCUAUCCCUACAGACAUGACCCGAUUCGCCAAUUUGCGCAACUCCCCAUCUAAACAACCAGGACCAGAGCCAUGGUCUCCAUCUAAGCAAUUACGCACCUCAAUAAUCUCCAGCACUCCAACCACGGGUCAACGACCCUUGCGGUUGCUAUCAUCUUCCCGGCGUAGCACGUCUUCCAAUGAAGACGAUGAAGCGACGCCUCGAAGGCCACGUAACUCGAACGAUUCACCCACAGAUCUGAUGAAUUUUACUACUCAAACAAAUAUUGUCAUUCCACCCCCAACUUCAGCGCCCCGAGGCAUGAGACGAAGUCCGUCAGGGAGAGGGGGCUUCCCUAUCAAGGUCAAUCCUAGCCCUGCCCACCGCUCACAGGCUUCUGUUGAUCGGGAAAGAGCUACGGGUCGGUCACCGCAGAAGCAGCAUCAAGCUGUAUUUGCGGAGAGGACUGUACCUGCUACCCCUGCGAGUCAGCGACACAGCAUGUUCAGUGCUUCCACAGGCCUAGGAGUGGAUUUGUUGGAUAUCGACCUGGAACCUAUGGCAACCCCAAGGUCCAUUCCAACCAUCACCCCACGAGAACUCGAAACCCUGAGGUCAGAAUUACAAUCACGUAUUUCGGGCCUAGAGGCGACUCUCUCUGGCAAAGAAGCCGAAGUAAUGGCCUUGAAACGUUCCAUCACUGAUGCUGAAGUCCGAGCAGGCAAAAUCAGCGAGGAGCUGCGAACUGAACGUGUCUCCCGCGAAGAAAUUGAACAUACAAAAGAUGAAUUAGAACGAAGAAGUCGGGAAAUGGAAGAAGUCCUUCGGGAAGUAAAACAGAACGUCUUUCUCGAGGAGCGGGAGAAGGAAAAGCUCAGACGACAGAGCGAAGAAGCCGAGCGACAAGCCGAGGAGCAGGAAGUUCGUAUUUUAGAGUUGCAAGCUUCUCUCGAUACACUCCGAUCAGAUCGUUUCAAAUGCAGUCCAAGCCCUGCAAAGAAUGGUGACCCGGCAACCCCUGGGUCAGGCAAUGACGUUGACUUUGCGGUCAAGGAUGCUACUGAAAAGGUCGCCCGUGAAUUGCAUGCUCUUUACAAGAGCAAGCAUGAGCGUAAAGUUUCCGAUCUGAAGGUUAGCUACGAGAAGCGCUGGAUCAAACAAGUGGAACAACUUCGCACCGAACUGAAGGCGUCUCAGGAAGAGGUAUUAAAGCUGCAGACCGAAAAGGAAGCCACCAUGAGCGGAGUCAUGCCUGGACAAAGUGAGCUGAUUUCGAGGAUGGAGGGCCAGAUUGAGGAGCUUCGAAGAUGGAAUGAAGAGGCCACUGCCAACACGAAGAUGGCGGAAGCAGAAGCCACAGGACUACGUAGUCAGGUGGGCUCUUUAACAAAGGAAACAGAGGCUCUCCGUAAGGAACUGGAACAAGAACGAGUGGAAAAGGGAGAACUGGUCGCCCAAGUGGAUUUAUUCCUGGCGAUGAGUAGUCAACAAGAAGAACAACGAGCGGCUGUACGACAGCCAGCCCACCCUGUUAGCCCCCCACGAAGUGAAGAUGGCAACGGGCGGCCGAGCUCGGCGGCUGCCAUUGCCAGUCCGAACAAGUUCAACCGCAAUAGCAUGACCGGACCAAGUCCAGGGCCCACAACCACGAGCCGGCCGCGACCGAUGAGCAUGUUACAGAAGCCAACGGCAGGAAAAUACUCUGGUAUCCCAGGCCCUGGCUCUGGAUUGAAAGCGCCUAGCAGCAAGGCGAAUGGGUACGGUGGAAGGGGUGGAGGGAUUAUGGAAGGGAUCACGCGCAUGGGUGCUGGAGGGAGAUGA